AUGUGGGCUCAGCUACGCUUACGAACAUGGGUAGCGCCAGAGCACACAGGUCUUGACGGACUAGGCUCUUCGAAAGGAUUGAUAAGCAUCAAACUGGAUCAUGAUCGCCUUGAAGACGUACCGCAGAAGAACGUUCAUCACCAGCUCUCCCUCGGCGGAUCUUUUGCGGAUGUCAAGCCUCCUGAAGGGGUGGAGCAAAUCGCCCUUGAGGCCAUCAACCUCAAGAUUCGUGUCACUAAAACAAAACCUCCGAGGAAGAAGAGAAGACUUUGCGUUUCUGCCGACUCCUUAUCCGGGCUGUACAACAGCCAGGAGGAUGCGUGGUUUGAGAGCUUGGAAGAGGCAGCCUCACAGUCGAGCUUAUAUGAAGACGAUAUACUGCUGCUUGAAGGACCUCUACUGUGCACGUCGCCGUCAGAUGAGCUUCUAUGGGAGGAAGAGCGUCAACCUACGGAUGGUCCUGGUCACGUGGAUGCCGCCAACGUUCUACCUUCGUCGAAAUGGACUACAGCUGCCUUGAAUCCAGAGGACGAAGUCGAUGAAGAACAUGAAGACAGUGUCAGCCCAGACAAACUGACCCAGCUAGUUGAUGCAGCCCUCCGCCUGACAAUACGUGAGCGAGCUACCAAGCUCCCGCCCGGUCUGAAAGUCAAGAGAACCGAUCUUGUGGCGAGGUUGUCUGAGUUCGCUCCCGCUUUGUGGAGUCCAGGUUACCUGCCGGCUGUCUCGCAGCGUGCGGUCUUCAUUCCCACAAUCGCGCACGCGUUAUCGAACAGCUUAUACAAGAAUGCUCGAUCGGCGUCAUUGCGAUCUAAGAUUGAGACGCUGGCUACGAAGUAUACGGAUCCCGCUGAGGGCAACUCGAGUACAGAGGACACGAUCUUUCACGUGACCGCACCCUUGUCAGCGAGCGGUGCGUACGACACGAUCUCUACAAAGCUGUGGCAGCUUCUGCAACGAGAGAUCUUCGACGAGAAAGCUGCGAGACGACUGAAGCCGCUGAAGGUUCCAGAAGACGCAGUUGCUAUGGCCAGACAGGAUGGUGAUGACCUACUGGAAGAUCUAACAGCAGCCAACAGGCGAGACGACCUGCUUGCCUUCGCCGCUGAGAAUGAGCUGUUAGAUUGGGCCGACGACAGCCUUGACGAUUACCCUUCGGAUGAUGAUCUGUUGUUCGACCCGGAGCCUGACGAGCUGGAGGAGCCUGAAGAUUUGGAGGACCCGGAGAGUCUAUGGAAUUCUAUGCCCGCAUGGCCUCCAGAUCAGGGCGCUGAUGAUUCUGCUGAGGGUCUGCUUAUGCCUGUUCCACGCAGGCCUGCUCGGUUGUCUUUUACUGAUAGUGGCUUUGGGCAACGUAUUUCACCCUCUUCAGAAAGCAGAAGCGGGGCAGAUAGUUACCUCGAACCUUUUGUUGAGAUGCACGAGAUUGAUAUCGAACAAGGAAGGGGAUGGACGCAGGACGGGACGAGCGAUGGCGACAUCAUCAUGAGCUUCUAG